AUGGUCGCGCCAUUGACUCGUAACGUGCUAACAGCCGCGACACGCCAAGCACUGCGUCGUCCGCCCCUCGCCCUGGCGACUCGCACUCUCCCAGCAUCCCUCCCGUCAGCGUCUUCCUCUUCCUCUCUGUCCCGCACUUUCGCUACGACCACCCACACCGCACACGGGGGGAUCACACGCCCGGCACCCGGAACCGGCGUCACGAUCCACUUUGUUGAUCCUAAAGGCGAACCGCUCAAGACUGUCACCGCCAACCCGGGCGACGACCUGCUCUCCAUCGCACAUGAAUACGACAUCGACCUCGAAGGAGCAUGCGAAGGCUCCAUAGCCUGCUCCACCUGUCAUGUCAUCCUCGAACCCGACGUAUAUGACUCGUUGGAGGAACCGUGCGACGACGAAAACGACAUGCUCGACCUAGCCUUCGGCCUGACGGACACGAGCAGGUUGGGAUGCCAGGUCAAGGUCACCAAGGAGCAGGACGGCAUGAAGGUCCAGCUGCCCGCAGCGACGAGGAACAUGUAUGUCGACGGGCAUAAGGCUGGUCACCAUUGA